UUUUUUCACAAAUCCCUAGUAUCCUCCGAGAAAUAAACAUUUUUCUCCUAAGCCAUAUAAUAAUCAACAAGAAGCAAGGUAAUUCCAAACGUCGCCGUCCAGAGUCGUCAGGUAGUGCAGCUGGCAUCUCCGCCACAAUCCGAUAUAAAGCCCCGACGAACAAGUUAAAGUCACCGACGUGCCCACUCGCAAUUCCUUCUGUCAUCGAUUCAUUGCUUUAAUUCUUCUUCACGCCCAAAGUCAACACGCCUCGCACGAUUCUCAAUCAAAUCCUCCAUGAUAGUCGGAGCUCCCUCCUCUUCCUCCGCCUAUCCCGCCGCAGAACCUCCGCGAAACGCCUCUCCAUCGCCACCCCCAAUGCUGCCUCCCAGCUUUCAAGGUACUGUACCGUCUGUAUUCCGUGGCUUCUCAGAUCUGUAGUGCCGGUAAAGCUUUUCGUGUGAAUCUGGCUUCUGGGUUUCGCGUUUUGAGUUGAAUCUAGCUCCGUUUGAUCUUUAAUUACAAUCACAUUUAUAUAGAUAUAGAUAUUAGAUAUAUAGAUAUAGAUAUUGUAAUUUUUGGUUGAAUUGGUGUUGUGAGUGAUUGAUUUGAAGAAAAAAAUGGAAGCUGAAAGUUCACCCAGAAUGAGAUUGGAUCACUCGAAAAAAGAGGGAUCCGAAGAACCCCAUUUGCGUAGAUUCGAGUUAGAACUCUCCGGUAACGAUCACAGGUUUCAUUCGAUGAGUGCUCUGGAAAUUUUGAGAGAAACUGUUAGAAUUCUCCGGUACAAUUCGUGGGGGUUUUUGGCGAUUGCCUUGUUGCUAAUCUGCCCGGUUUCCGCCCUGCUUUUGUCGAAUUUGGUAGUUGAUCAGUCACUUGUAAAGAGACUAACCAUUAGGAUGUUGUUAAUUGCAAAGUCCAGUGGACUCCCUUUGAGGGAUUUUAUCAGUCACUCUUGCCAGAAGUUUGCUGAGAUGGCUAUUUCGUGUACGAUGUGCUUCCCCUUGUACAUCACAUUGUCGUUGUUGUCAAAAGCCGCGGUGGUUUACUCUGUGUAUUGUAGUUACUCCCUGAAGAAGUUUGAUGCAUCACAGUUUUACUUGGUUAUGCGCAAGACAUGGAGGCGGGUUGUUUCAACUUAUGUGUGGAUGUGUAUGGUGGUUGCUGGUUGCGUCGUCUUGUUUUUGGUUCUUCUUCUUGCUGUGUGCAAUGCAUGUUCGAUAGUAGGGUUGUCGCCGAAUUAUAUUGUGUAUGCUGCAAUGGUGGUCGGGCUCGUCUUCUCGGUUGUUUUUGCCAAUGCCGUUAUUAUUUGCAACAUUGCUAUUGUGAUCUCUGUGUUGGAGGAUGUCUCGGGACCAGAGGCAUUGGUUCGGUCUGGGGUUCUGAUCAAGGGCCAGACUCAGGUUGGUCUUCUGAUAUUUCUUGGUUCGAGUAUUGGAAUGGCAUUCAUCGAGGGAUUGUUUGAGCAUAGGGUGAAGGCUUUGAGCUACGGAGAUGGGUCUUCGCGCAUUUGGGAAGGGCCUCUUUUGGUGAUCAUGUAUUCGUUUGUGGUGCUUAUCGACUCCAUGAACAGCGCGGUUUUCUAUUUCAGUUGCAGAUCUUUUAAGAUGGAAACAUCUUUGGAUGGUGAAUCUCAUUCCGUUUUGGAAACGGUUAACUUUUCUUCUGAAUCAGUUGGUAUUCAAUGACACCAUCAACAUAACCUAUUUGUUACAAUUAUUUUGAAGAUGGGAGCUGCUGCAUGAAAAAUUAGGAUUUCGUUGCCAGUUUGUGGUCACGGGCUGUUAAACGGCGCAAACUUGUGCAUCGUAGCCCUUCCUGGCAAGUGUUCACGGCCAGAGGUAAGCUCAAGUGCCUUCAGCUAGUUAGUAUUUACUUCAUUUGAGUGCAAAGAUCGACUUGUUGAGGGAGCUAGGAGGAUGAAGGAUGAGGAAAAGAUUUCUGAAGGCCACAAAGGAAAGCGUCGUUUUCUUCCAAGAAUAAAUUGAUGAAAUCCAUAGUUCAUAUAGUUUUAUUUUAAGAUACAUUAUGCCAAAAUAGUGUGGUUGAUACAUGUAAGUUACUCAAAUUUGUCCACAAUUUAUGUGUUGAACUUCUACCCGAAUUUGCUGAAAAUCCAAGGGAGAACAAAAGCUUGAAUCACACAAAUUGAAAUAAAGGUUCUAUUUGGGAAUGAAUGCUUGUAUAUACAUCACUUGUGCCUGUAAACGAUUUUGAUAGAAGUGCUUUUAUUAGAAGCACAAUAAAAAUUUACUACAAAUUCAAGUGUUUAUCCAAAAGCAUUUUUAGCCAUCUGAAGAGCAUCCCGAAUGUUUAUUCCAGUGCUUGUGGACAAAUUUCAGGCUCGUAUUUCAUACGGCACGUCUUGGGUUCGAUUCUUGACGCUAGUGAAUUGCACGAUGAUGGCCAAGAAAGGCUGAAAUGCUUAUAUGAGUCUUUCCAGUUCCGGAAGGGUACACGGGGAACACGGCUUGGUAAACAAUCCCCCCCUUUAUCUAUGUUCACAUAUUUUUGGGCUUGGGCCUGGACCCCAAUAAGCCAGUAAAUAUAAUCCUGUCCAUCAUCGUUAGUUUGUAACUUUUCAUUCCCUCCUUCUGCAUCGUCGUUUACCUCCAGAGAGUCGGAGACCGACUUUCUGUGUGCAAAGCAGCAAGCGAGCUCUGCUAAUCCAGUCUGAUCCAGGGCUGAUGGACAUCUCCCGCAAAAACAAAAUUCAGAAAUUCGAGGAUUUCGUGGACCAACGCCUCAAACCAGACCUCGUUCGCGCCAUUGCUCAACGGGACAAGGUGUUCGAGCAACAAAAAGUUUUGUAUCCUUUUCGAUCUUCCCUCUUUUGAUGAAUUGAAUUUUACCCGAAUGGGAUUUUUCGGAAAUUCGACGUGGGUAAUCUGCAACCCAUUUGGUGAUUUUGGUUGUUGAAGGUGUUUUCUUGACUUUUGUUUAAUUGAAAGCUCGGAUUUGCGGAAGAACAUAGAGAAUUUGGAGAAAAAUAGUGCGACCAGUCUUAGGACCUUGGUUAAUCUUGGCUCCGAAGUGUAUAUGCAAGCUGAUGUGCCAGAUACACGACGCGUAUUUGUGGAUAUUGGACUAGGAUUCCAUGUGGAGUUCACCUGGUCUGAAGCUUUGAAUUACAUAUCUCAAAGAGAAGAAAAGUUGGCCAGUCGAUAUGUGUAGGCAAGUUGAAGAGUGUACUAACCUUAUUGCGUCAAUUAAAGCUCAGAUAAAGCUGGUAUGCGAAGGGAUUCGAGAGUUACUCCAGCUUCCGGCAGAGAAGAAACCUGCCUCGGAGCGCAAUUUUUGACACCGACAACUUGGUAAUUUUGCCGUCUCAUGACGACCAAGUAAAAAUAACACUUGUUUGCAACUACAUCUUUAACUUUUUGAUUAGUUGUUGGCAUGCUUCUGUGCUGUUUCAUAUUUUAAAGCUUCUUGGCCAUCAAGUAUGUAAAAACAGAUAAAUGUUAUGGUAAAAUGUUGCGCAUUUAAGCUUC